GGUCCCAGUAACAAGUCCACGCUGUCAUGCUCCAACACCGGUUCACGGAACCGAACGAAUUCUCGCCUCCCCGUCGUCGUCUCUUCUUCCAUCUCGCAUGGCAUGCGCCUCUUUCUUUGUCCCCAAAAUUCCCGGUCUCAAGCUUGCUAUUCUUUCCUUCCUCGCAAUCUCCUGCGCCUCCAUCACCGCCACACCGUCACCUCCGGUUGCGGUAGGCAACAAGCCAGGGCUCCUUCUGCCGAAGUCUUCUCUAGCUGAGACUUCGGAAGGCGUGACGCUUCUCGGCCCCUUUGGACUGGAAGAGACCGGCGUGGAGCCUCCGAGUGGAAGAGAACCAUAGUUUUUGUUUCUUCUUUUGUUUGUGGUUUCUUCUUCAGGGCGGAGGGUCAAUCUCUGUUGACAAUCUCCAGUUUCCACGUCCGGCUGCUGCAUAUUUUUCAAAGUUCAGGGGUUUCGUCUGAACCCUCAUGCUGCUCUGGUGGAUUCGAUAGGGUAUUAACUGAAGCCAAUCCUUAGGUGCAAUGACGCAGCCACAGCAGCGGGUAUACCAAGCUUGGAAGGGGGAUAACAGGUUCUUCUUUGGUGGGAGAUUGAUUUUUGGACCUGAUGUUAAAACCCUAGGUGUUUCCGUUACCCUGAUUGUUGUCCCGGUAGCUUUCUUUUGUGUAUUUGUCGCGCGGCAUCUCCGUCAUCGGUUUCGUGCAUAUGAUGCAGGAUAUGCAAUUCUUGUCAUGGCAGUAGUGUACACAAUCUAUGUGCUUUUAUUACUCUUCGUCACUGCUGGUCAGGAUCCUGGCAUUGUACCUCGUGCUUCACACCCACCAGAGGAGGAUAUUCACUAUGAUGAUUUGUCUCUUACUGAUACACCAGGGAGACUACAAUUUCCUCGUGUAAAAGAAGUUAUAGUAAAUGGGAUGCCUGUGAAAGUAAAGUAUUGUGAAACUUGUAUGGUAUAUCGUCCUCCUCGGUGUUCACACUGUUCUAUUUGCAACAAUUGCGUGGAACGCUUUGAUCAUCACUGCCCAUGGGUUGGGCAAUGCAUUGGAAAGCGCAAUUACCGUUAUUUUUUCCUGUUUGUUUCUUCUUCAACUGUCCUCUGCAUUUAUGUGUUUGCUAUAUCGGCCUUGUACAUCAAGUUUCUCAUGGAUGGAGACUAUCCUACAGUGUGGAAGGCAUUGAAACACUCUCCUGCUUCUCUAGCACUAAUGGUAUACUGUUUUAUCUCUAUCUGGUUUGUUGGUGGACUCACAGCAUUUCAUACAUACCUCAUCAGCACAAACCAGACCACAUAUGAAAAUUUUCGGUAUAGAUCAGAUGGCAGGCCUAAUGUCUAUGAUCAAGGAUGUCUUAGUAACUUUCAAGAGGUUGUCUUUGCCAAGAUACAACCAUCCAAACAUAAGUUCCAGGCGCACAUACAAGAGGAAGUACAAGCUCCACCAGCUAAUGGUGCUGGAGAGGUCGACGAUCUAGUUGGUGGUCCCCGGGCAAAAGUGGGAGAUGACCUUGAUAUUGAUGGUGAUCUGUUGAAGAUUUCGCAACGGCAUAACCAUGGGGACAUUGAUAUUGAAAUGGGAGGUGGGAACACCAAUUAGAUGGACGAUCAGUUUCAGACUACAAAUUUAAAAGCAAUUCAGAUGCACAGUUAUACAGUUAGAAGCAAGGCACAACACUCAGGUUGGGUCAAAGAACUGAAAGUUGGGAUCUACCACAACAAACUUCUGCAGCUAUUCUUAGGUCUCCGAAUCUGCAUCGCCAUCUCAGAUGCACACUGGCUUUUGUUUGAUCAUACUAUCCAAUACUAAUCUGAGGAACUGAGGAUUCUGCAGCUGGAGAGGCUGGGCCAAAAAGCCUUCAAUGUCUGUUUGCUCUAUCACUUCCAACAGGGAUGGCUAGUGUCCAACGUUCAUACAGUCUCAUGAAAUAUAUGUUUUAGUUCAAAAUUAGGGCAGCUUCUGACUCGUAGGUUCACUUGUGCAUUUCAACCAACGCUUGAUGGUUGUAUAUAUCUUGGUUGAGAAACUUCAAUAUGGUGUAGUGAAUCCAAAUUGCAUUGCCGAUAUUGCCGUCCAGUCGUUCAAUUUUCUA